AUGGGCCUGUAUUCACAAAGGAAGGACUGGUUUGACAUGUCCCCCUGCCCUCCAGUAACUGCGAUAUGGGCCUGUAUUCACAAAGGAAGGACUGGUUUGACAUGUCCCCCCUAUCUUCCAGUAACUGAGAUAUGGGCCUGUAUUCCCAAAGGAAGGACUGGUUUGACAUGUCCCCCCUAUCUUCCAGUAACUGAGAUAUGGGCCUGUAUUCCCAAAGGAAGGACUGGUUUGACAUGUCCCCCCUGCCCUCCAGUAACUGAGAUAUGGACCUGUAUUCACAAAGGAAGGACUGGUUUGACAUGUCCCCCCUAUCUUCCAGUAACUGAGAUAUGGGCCUGUAUUCCCAAAGGAAGGACUGGUUUGACAUGUCCCCCCUAUCUUCCAGUAACUGAGAUAUGGGCCUGUAUUCCCAAAGGAAGGACUGGUUUGACAUGUCCCCCUGCCCUCCAGUAACUGAGAUAUGGGCCUGUAUUCACAAAGGAAGGACUGGUUUGACAUGUCCCCCCUAUCUUCCAGUAACUGAGAUAUGGGCCUGUAUUCCCAAAGGAAGGACUGGUUUGACAUGUCCCCCCUGCCCUCCAGUAACUGAGAUAUGGACCUGUAUUCCCAAAGGAAGGACUGGUUUGACAUGUCCCCCCUAUCUUCCAGUAACUGAGAUAUGGGCCUGUAUUCCCAAAGGAAGGACUGGUUUGACAUGUCCCCCCUAUCUUCCAGUAACUGAGAUAUGGGCCUGUAUUCCCAAAGGAAGGACUGGUUUGACAUGUCCCCCUGCCCUCCAGUAACUGAGAUAUGGGCCUGUAUUCCCAAAGGAAGGACCACUGAACUAAGAGUUUUGAUCCUUGAUCAGUGCUUUUACUCUGAGACGCUUCGUGAACACUGGCCCUGGGGCCUAACUAAAUAUAAUAUGGGAAGACCACAGCUGCAGAUUUUAUAUAACUACUGGGUUACGUGGCACGGUCGCAGUACCACCUUAUCUGGAAAAAUGCUGCUUAUGGAAAAUAUCGAAUUGACAAUCUACCAAUGGCCUCAAUGCCAACUCCUCCUCCCCACCCUCUCAACGUGAGAUAAAAGGACCCACUGCAGCCCACAUAUCCUCCUACCUAGCUAUCCCAGCACACAGGAGCAGACCUGCAGACCAGACCCCAGGACCCUAGAGCCAUUCUCCUGCCUACUUCAGUGACUCUUCACCAGAACAGAAACCUCUUCACCAUGCCUGUUGCCCUCCGCUUCCUCUGCCUACUCAGCCUGGCUGUUGGUGCUCUACACUGCACUCCCGUGCCUGACCAGGAGGGGGAGCUCUCAGAGCCCCAGAACACCGCCUGUCCCCCGGGCUGGUCCAGUUUCAACAACCGCUGCUUCAAGUACUUCGCCUCUCGGCUGGACUGGGCCGAUGCAGAGUCCUACUGCGUGACCCAGGGAGCCAACCUGGUCUCUGUGAACAGCAAAGGGGAAUUCGACUUCGUGAAAAACCUGAUCCAUGACUUCGACCCUGCUGAGAGCUUUACCUGGAUCGGGCUGAGUGACCUCCACAAGGAAGGGAGAUGGAUGUGGUCGGACGGCUCCAAGGUGGUCUACACGUUCUGGUCUCCAAAUGAGCCCAAUAAUGGAGGUGGAAGGGAGAACUGUGUUCACACUAACGAGUUAAAAAACAAGCUGUGGAACGACGUAUUCUGCUCCAACAAGUAUGCCUUUGUCUGCACCACGCGUCCCAGCCUCUGAACCUCUGAGUCUUUAGUUCAAAGAUGCCUUGGUUUACAUAAAUAAAGAAAAACCUUUCAUUGAAAUCUCCUUGUUGGUCCUUUAUCUGAUUCAACUUGUGUUUUAUUCUCCAGCCCUGGUUAGAAUGACAAGUAGUCAGGGGUGGAAAAAGUACCCAAUUGUCAUACUUGAGUAAAAGUAUAGAGACCUUAAUAGAAAGUUACUCAAGUAAAAGUGAAAGUCACCCUGUAAAAUACUACUUGAGUAAAAGUCUAAAAGUAUUUGGUUUUAAAUAUAGUUAAGUAUCAAAAGUACACGUAAUUGCUAAAAUAUAAUUAAGUAUCAAAAGUAGAAGUAAAAAUAUAAAUAUUUUCAAAUUCCUUACAUUAAGCAAAUGUGAUGAGGUGGUUUUGAAGGAGUCAGGCGCAAGACGGUAAAUAACAGGAUUUAUUUCUGAACCACAGAGUUACGCAGUAAUAUGUAAAAACACUCCAGUGCACAAAACAGGCACACUGGAAAAUACAAGACACACGGGGAAUAUUCCCAGCGAUACAAAAUACACGGAGCUCCACCGAGCUUCUCUCUCCUCCACAAUAAACAAUCACACACAAAGACCAGGGGGCAGAGGGAACACUUAUACAGGUACUGAUGAGGGGAUAUGAACCAGGUGUGUGUAAUAAACAAGACAAAACAAAUGGAAUGAUGAGAUGAGGAGCGGCAGUGGCUAGAAGGCCGGUGACGACGAACGCCGAAGCCUGCCCGAACAAGGAGGGGAGGCAGCCUGUUUUUUUUUUCAUUAAUAGAGCCAGGGACAUACUCCAACACUCAGACAUUAUUUACAAAAGAUGCAUUUGUGUUUAGUGAGUCCGCCAGAUCAGAGGCAGUAGGGAUGACCAGGGAUGGUCUCGUGAUAAGUGCAUGAAUUUCACAAUUUCCUGUCCUGCUAAGCAUUCAAAAUGUAACGAGUACUUUGGGUUGUCAGGGAAAAUGUAUAGAGUAAAAAGUACAUUAUUUCCUUUAGGAAUAUAGUGAAGUUAAGAGUAAAAGUUGUCAAAAAUAGGGUUCAACAACCGAUGCUUCAAGCACUUCGCCUCUCAGCUGGACUGGGCCGAUGCAGAGUCCUACUGCGUGAACCAGGGAGCCAACCUGGUCUCUGUGAACAGCAAAGGGGAAUUCGGCUUCGUGAAAAACCUGAUCCAUGGCUUCGACCCUGCUGAGAGCAAUACCUGGAUCGGGCUGAGUGACCUCCACAAGGAAGGGAGAUGGAUGUGGUCGGACGGCUCCAAGGUGGUCUACAUGUUCUGGUCUCCAAAGGAGCCCAAUAAUCUAAGUGGAAGUGAGAACUGUGUUCACACUAAUAACUUAAAGGAGAAGCUGUGGAACGACACGCUCUGCUCCAACAAGUAUGCCUUUGUCUGUGCCACGCGUCCCGGCCUCUGA